GAUUUGACGUAUAUCUGUAUCGCCCCCACAAACUCUCUAUACAGACCAAAGAGCCGUCACUUCUCCUUCAAAGCUUCAGCCACCCUUCAUAUACAUACAUACUCCGUUCCUGCACGCCUGACGAACCCUGAACCUCUAAGAGAGAAAGAGAUUGGGCUCAAAACACUUCGCGAAGGAAGGGAGCAGAAACAGGGCAAAGCUUUAUGUUGGUGGACCCCAGCUCGUCCUGCCGCCACGGCCAUGUCAUCACCAUAUCCCGCCGGACGGCAAUGGACGGCUACCGCCGCCGUGUGGGCUGCUGUUUUUGUUAUUGUGCUGAUCGUCAUCCCGGCGCUUCACGGCCGUAGCCGGGCGGUGGCAAUACGGAUAUUUCCGCCAACUCCGGUGGCCGAAACGGAGCUUAGUCGGACAUACUUGAGGAAUUCGAGAUCUGUUCCUUCUCAAGGGCCGAGAGAUGGCAGCAAUGCGACGACGUCGUUUUGGGAGAGCGUAAGAAGAGUUCCCAGUUGUCCAGAUCCCCUUCACAACUAGUAGGGGGCAAUUAUUGUUAGCUGUCUUUUUUUCUCCAUUUUUUGGGUUAUUAUUUUCGGUUUCCUGAGUUAGUUUAUUAGCUUAUGCUUCAUUUGUCCAAAAUACCCACGUUUUUCUCGUAACUAUCUAGUCUAGUCUUUUAAAGCUAUAUAUGAUCUUUUUGGUGUUUUUGGUUAGUUAGUGUUAUUAGAAGAGUAAACCGUGGGUAUUUUGGUACUAUUGAAAAAGCUUUCUUGUUUUUUUUUGUUUAUGCGAAAUCAAGAAGAAAAAUUCGAAAGGUACACGCUUUUUGUUUUACAC